AUGAGCUGGCAUGUUGACAUUUCGGUCCUGUUUGCUGCACAGCUCUCAGAAAGGAGUGCUGCUAAAGGCCAGAGUUUUUGCUUGUUCAAAUGUUAGUACCAGGAAUGGUGAAGGAAGAGAGACAGCUGCUCCCCACUCCUGCUUUACAAGUCCAAAAUUCUGUAUAUUAAUCCCAGCUGACAAAUGCUGAAUACAUACCAAACAAGACUUUGGUAUUUAUAGAAUGUAUAUAACAAUUCAAGGAACAGGCCCUGCAGUCAGCAUUUCAAGCAGCCAACUAAUGAGAUUGUUGACAGCUCACUCUGAUUUUUUGAAAUUGUUCUGUGUGUAUGCUUCUUAGGGAAGUGAACCUCUGUGGAAUAAAUUGCACUGGCAUACUGUGCUCAAAUGAUAGUGCUCUGCUAAACCAUAAAGAAGCAUGUAAUGCCAGCAUUAUAACAGUGUUUUGUUUUCUACAGAUUGUAGUUCAGUUUUGUCAUGACUUGGGCUAGUAAACCGUUAAAUCUCAUGCUGUCCUAUUCCAAUCCACUGCACUCUCGACAGAUUUUCAGCACACGACUUUUUUCUUCUUCAUUAUAUUUAACCCAGGAUGUAGUUACCAUGUGUGGCAUUGUUAAACUGUAGUUACUCCUUGGUAGUGGUACCCAGGCUUCCUCAACCUCGGCCCUCCAGAUGUUUUUGGCCUACAACUCCCAUGAUCCCUAGCUAGCAGGACCAGUGGUCAGGGAUGAUGGGAAUUGUAGUCUAAAAAAACUUCUGGAGGGCUGAUGUUGAGGAAGCCUGCAGUAACCCCUGUACAUAGAACUGCAGCUGGCAUUGCUAUCUGUCAACCCAGAACUCUUGUUGUCUGUCUCUUUAAAAUCUCUAUGGUAACAAGAAAGCACAAUAGUUGCUGGGCUUCCUGUCCUGUGUUUUUCACUGGUCCCUUUGCCUUUCCUCCUCCUGUGCUUGUGGUAGUAAGUAGGACUUCAGUUUUGCCCCAUAGCAGAUGGAGGCGGUGGCAAGAUGAAGGGGCCAGUGGGGAAAUGAGGUGGAAGGCACAGUGCUUGAAUCUUCUCCUCAAAGACUGCCUCUCCCCAUGUGAGAGAGCAGCGCUAGGCCCCUGCCAGGUAGCCUAGUUGGCUCAUUGGAUCUACACAAGACAAUACACACCAGAUCUUCUGACACACAAUGUCACAUUCCUAUGGAUAUUGCUUGCUGCAAUGUGGGAGGCCAGUGUGUGAAUCUGUCCUAAAGUUUAGAGUGUAUUCUGUUCUCCUCAAAAUACAAAUGCGGCAAGUUGCUUAGAAGGGGUUGGCAUGCAACACUUGCUGUUUAAGAAAUGGCAAUAGCGCUUCCAUCUCUGUGUGGUGCUGCAUAUAAUUGUGAGGAUUCUGUGGUUGCCCUCCUCCUUUUGCACUCCCGCCUUUUAUCCUUAUCCCAUUGGAUUGUCCUUUUCCUUGCACACAGAGUAAACCAAGCCUCUGUCACAGAGCUGGCAUAAGUGAUGCUGAACUCCUAGCACAGAGGGGUUUGGCCUGUAACACAAUUUGAACAUGCCGUAUGUCAGCUCAGUCAUUGUCUCUUCAGGCUGCUAAGAGUAUUUAAAAGUAAAGCACCACAAUAAAAUAAAAAAAAGCAAGAGUGAAACUGUUUUUCAUUUCUUACAGCAAUUUCAGGCAUCUGUCUGAACCUUACUACAGCAGUAUGUUGACAUUUGAGUGACCUUGUGUUUCUCUCUAGGAGAUGGAAGCCCAAGAUGAAUAGUUGCCCUUCCAAAGUUAUUUCUGUCAUAUUCAGAAUAAACACUUCUAAACAGCUCUUGAGGCUUUCCUUCUAGAAAAUACUCUGAUUAGAGGAUCUGUCAAAUAAGGGACAUAGCAACUACUAUUGCCUGCUUGAGUAGCACCCUCAACAUACUCUCAGACAAAUUUUUGCGAACAAAGAGGAAGCUUCAGGGGGACCAUGACAGCUGCUAACAUUUUAUUUAUUUGUUUGUUUAUUGUAUUUCAUUUUCCUUCAAGGAGCUCAAAGCUCUUCCCCCCUCCUCAUUUUAUCCUCACUAAGCCCUCCAAGGUAGGUUAGGAUUAGACGCAGCAACUGGCCUGCGGUCGCCCAGUGAACUUUAUGGUUUGAGUGGAGAUUUGAAGUUUGGUCUUCCAGGUCCUAGUCCAACUCUCUGGCGACUACCUCACACUGCCCCCAUUCCUCCAUGCACCUCAAUAUCUCAUCCAGUUGCCCCCACAUGAUUGUCUUUUUUGACUGUCCACAUUUUGCCUCAUGAUGUUUCUGGAUACCAGGGGCGCUCUGUGCCCCACAGUUUCUUCUGCUUCCAUGGCAGGUGGCAUUUGUGAUCAUCUUCCAGCCCUACAAAUGAUGGGGAAGAUCAGGGUUGGGCACUUUGUUCCAAAGGAGCCACUGUCCCUGUCAGUGAGGGCACAGCAGAAUCUUCCUUUUAUAACUGUACGCAGGUCCUCUCUACUUAAUGUGACGUUGGUUUGGAUUGUAUAACAGCUCCUUGUUGUCUUAGCUUCUUUUUGCUUGCUGCAUGAACUCAGCUGCCAUGUGGAAUGAUCUGAAGCAGCCUCCAGAUGGUGUCUGUAGUACGUGCCUUGGUCUCAGUUUCAUAUAUCAGUAUGAAAUUCACCUGUGGGGGGAUUUUAAAAUAAGCUCAAUACACCAUCAGUUCCUCAUGUUUUCAUAAGGCAGUGGCAGCUCCAGGGCUUUGCAAAUGAAAAGGCUGUGUGGGAAACUUGAUGAAGGAUAUGCCUUUGUGUCUCAUAUACUGAAACGCCACCUACAUCUUGAAGUACGAAAAUGUUUUUUUUAAUUAAUUUUUUUAAUUAAAAAAAACAUUUUUGAAGGGUUUGUUGAACCUUCUUAAGAAUGUGAAACUUGGAAAACUGCAGUGGGUUUAGCCUGUAACAUACUGGUAGUUUAAACAUUUACAGUGGUACCUCGGGUUGAGUACUUAAUUCGUUCCAGAGGUCUGUUCUUAACCUGAAACUGUUCUUAACCUGAGGUACCACUUUAGCUAAUGGGGCCUCCUGCUGCCACUGUGCCGCUGCUGCAUGAUUUCUGUUCUCAUCCUGUAGCAAAGUUCUUAACCUGAGGUACUAUUUCUGGGUUAGCGGAGUCUGUAACCUGAAGCAUAUGUAACCCGAGGUACCACUGUAUUGCCAUAUUUUUUCUUAAGAAGGAAUUCCUGACAAAAAAUAUUUUGACUGAAGCAAAACCAGCAAGUGUUAACUCAUUUACAGUGGUACCUCAGGUUAAGUACUUAAUUCGUUCCAGAGGUCCAUUCUUAACCUGAAACUGUUCUUAACCUGAAGCACCACUUUAGCUAAUGGACCCUCCCGCUGCCACUGCGCCACCGGAGCACAAUUUCUGUUCUCAUCCUGAAGCAAAGUUCUUAACCUGAGGUAAUAUUUCUGGGUUAGCGGAGUCUGUAACCUGAAGCGUAUGUAACCCGAAGCAUAUGCAACCCGAGGUAUCACUGUACUGUGAAAAAUGUCAGCAGAACAACAUAUUUUAAAUGUGCACCUAAGAGCCCAUUAAAGUUUGUUCUUGAUCAUUGAGUUGUUCUGUCAAUUCCCAUUGACGGUAGUGGGUUUGAAUUAGGCAUUAAAACCUCAAGGAGGCCGACACUCAGGUUGGCCAACUCUCUUCAGGUGUUCUCUGGAGCUGCAUUGGAGUAAAAAAGGGGUUAAGAGAUGUCAAAAUGAGGUGGCUGCAAGCUUCUGCAAUAUACUUGCUAUAGGUAAAAGUCACUGCUCCCUUUCCAUUUAUGUGCUUAAUGGACAUCUCAGGUUGGAUUUGAAUGUAUGUACCUUGAAUUGGACCAUAAAGAAGGCUGAUCGCCGAAGAAUUGAUGCUUUUGAAUUAUGGUGCUGGAGGAGACUCUUGAGAGUCCCAUGGACUGCAAGAAGAUCAAACGUAUCCAUUCUUAAGGAAAUCAGCCCUGAGUGCUCACUGGAAGGACAGAUCGUGAAGCUGAGACUCCAAUACUUUGGCCACCUCAUGAGAAGAGAAGACUCCUUGGAAAAGACCCUGAUGCUGGGAAAGAUGGAGGGCACAAGGAGAAGGGGACGACAGAGGACGAGAUGGUUGGACAGUGUUCUCGAAGCUACAAACAUGAGUCUGACCAAACUGCGGGAGGCAGUGGAAGACAGGAGUGCCUGGCGUGCUCUGGUCCAUGGGGUCAUGAAGAGUCGGACACGACUAAACGACUAAACAACAACAACACCUUGAAUUGUAUGUGGUAUAAAUAUAACUUGCACUCCCUUUAUAUACAUAAGCUAGAGGCCCUAGGGGCAAAUAUUCCAUAUAUUAAUGCAACCACCUGGUUCCUAGUCAAGUUAGACAUCCACAAGGUAGAAUGAAAAACAGGCCCUGCAUGUUUGAUUCUACAUGCAAUAUUGUGAUUUUUAGCAGAAUUGUAUUGCAGAAUUAGUUCAAGGGGUCUUAUUUGACAUUGCAUGCAAAGUGUGUAUGUGUAAUACAUUCAUUUUCCUCUACUGGAAGCUAUUUGUAGCAUCCCUAAUAUAGCUAAGUAAUUUGCAUUAUGAAUAAAAUGCCUAUUCAGUGAGUGGAUUCUUAUGACAGAGAAGCAUGUAGUAGCCGCAGAAGCUUAUUGCAUAAUGUUCACACUAUCUGCAGCUUCCGACUAACCAGCCAACCCCCAGACUGCAGACCUCCCACAGCUGCUUGGGAAACUGGAGAAGCAAGGAUUGUGUGGCCAGGCUCUGGACUGCUGCUUCCCCAUGUCAUUAUGGGCACUACACAGUAAGCUUUUGAGUGGGUACCACAUGACUCUGCCUGAUCUGCUGAAGAGGACAAAACAUGCCUUGCCUGAAGGAAAUUUUGACUCGUCGCAGAUGAUGACCUAAUUACAAAGCCAUCUUAAACGCCAGUUAACUCACCUUUGGAAAAAAGAAAUAGAGAUAAUCAACGGCACUUUGGGUGAAAUGGAAAGGUGAAAUCUGAGUUUCAGUGUAAGGAGUUUUAGGUUAUACUGACUGAAGACUUUUAGGCUGUAUCAGUUUGUAAAUGGACAGAAAGUGGUUCCUUUUCUUCAGUGGUUUCUGGAAGUUUGUAACGGAAACAACAGCAUUGCAUAAUUUCCAUCACUUCUGAUGUUACAGUAUUAUACGUGAUGUUAGAUGUAGCUCCCAAUAAAGCAAUGUGAUACUGUUUAAAAUGUGACCUCAACUGUCUUCUUCACCUUUUACAAGCCACCAGUUGUAGAUUAUUUGCACUGUUCAGUGUGGGAAGAGAUGGGGAUGGAAAUGCAUCUCACCAAUUUUUGUCCCAUUCGUGUCAGGCCUAUAUUUUGCUGGGUGACUCCUUAGCGGACCCUGCAGCCUGGAUCAUCUCUCAGUGUAUGUACGUUGCAUUGGCGGACUUUCGGUUUAAAAUUUUUACUGACGCUCUGUGUGACACCAAAAUCCGGUGCCUCCUGCUUUUCGCCUUUCAUUGUUUGUCAUUGUUGGGCACCCCCGUGGUACCCUCUUGGCUCAGCACCUCCUGCGGGCGAGCCAAUCAUCUCCCCUAAAUCUGCCUCUGGUAGGUUGCCACAUUGCUGAGGGAGGAUCUGUGUCAGCUCUUUUGACCAGACCCUCACUUCAGCGCUGAUAAACUCUCUCUUCUCAGAACUAGUUUUGUGGAGGUUUUCUGGAGAUAGAAACCUGUAUUUUUAAAAUGACAAGCAUCCCUUCAGUGACUAAUUUGACCCACCAGCCUCUGAAUCCCAAUCUCUGCAUCAAGAAGUCCAGGAAAAUGAAAUCAAGGGGCCAUUAGUCACUAGCUCAAGGCGGAAUGGCUGCCCCUUUGACAAUAAUAGUGGGGUACUGGCUUCCCUGCAGAGAGUGACCUACUAAAAUAAUAGAAAUGUACUUAAGGCCCAGUUCUGACCUCAUUUUUGCCGCUGUUGCUCCUACAGGAUACAAACAUUAAGUGAGUCCAUAAUUUUUUACAGGAAAUCGUUUGGGAACUGAUCAGCUACUUAGCAGUGGAGAUUUGCUGUUUGAGAAAUGUAGUAUAUCAGCACUAAAUAAGGUUAUCUAAGGUGCUGCAGAAGAUCUCUUGUGACCAGGAUAGCAAUAGCUUAUAAAUCUGGUGGUUGUGUAAAUAUAUCAGAGGCCUCUGGCAGGCAGGUUUGAGGUUAAUUCAAUUCAUUACCGGUCAUUCUAUCCCUUUGCACUCCCAGCUUGUCAUAUUGAAUGUCAGAGAGAAAGAAGUCCCAUUAAUCAUGCAAACACUGUCUGCAGCAAAGCUUUGCAUUGCACAACUGUGGGAUGUACCAACCCUUUCAACAAGAUAAUGGCUCUCUGGGCCAAACCAGACAUGAAGUAGGAGAAUCGUGAAUAAGAUCUCACAUGUAGUUAACAGCUGAUCUGCCAUACAGUUAUUUACUCUUGUAAAGUUUGUGAUUUGAUUUUUCGCACCAUUCUCUGGAUUUAGCUUUGAAAUGGCUAGAUGGGAUUCAUUCACUAAGUUGUGUUAUUUCUUACAUUUUGUUAAGACUUAUCUGUUUCAGAAGGCCUUGAGUGAACUGUCAUCUGAUGGGCUUUAGCUCUGUGCUAGCGCUUUUAAUAUAUUGCUGUUUGACGGAUUCUGGAACACCUUUUCUUUGCUUUGAAAUUGCACGUUUUUUUAAAAAUGGCUCAGUUUGGACAUUCUCUCUGUGUGUAUGGUGGGAUACGUGUGAAAGAUUGCCCCUUGCAACCAUGCCUACAGUGCUAUCAUUCCCUGACUCUGACACCUUUACACUCACAUUUUUUUUUAUUUAUUAAAUUUUUGCCCUGCCCUGCCUCCCCCAAGUUGCUCAGGGUGGCAGAUUUUUAUACAAUUUAAAAACAAAAAACAAAGCAAAAACAUUUUAAAACAGAUCAAAACGUUCUGAUAACGCUUACAAUUAAAAACAUAUUUCCAUCCAAUGAUCUCAGUGUUUCCAUAAACGGUAUUCUUAAGCCACCGAAUGUUUAAAAACAAGAAUGUUUUUAAUUUCCCUCAUAAAGUUAAUAAUGAUGGGAGACAAGCACACCUCACUAGAGAGGGCAUUCCACACCUGGGGGAGCACCACUGAAAAGGCCCUGUUUUGCUGUGGUUAUUACAUUAACUUGAUCCAAGUGAUCCAAAAUAUUGCAGAGCAAGGGUUUGCAUAUAUAGUCACCAGGAUGUCAAUAGUGACCAUAAAUCUCUUUCCGGCAGCAACCCUCCCCUGGUUGCCCACAAUGAAAUGAGAGAUCCUUCAUCUUUCCUGAGUAUUCCUUACACUCCAGAGGAUUUCGAGAUGGGGGGGGCAGGCGGCAGGAAUAAGCAACAGAGAGAAGCUCUGGUAGACACACACAGAACUUGGUGGUAGGGAGAGGUCAUUUGGCUACUAUGUGCCAGGCUUUAGGGAUACUUGGAUUAUUGCUGCUUCUGAGUGUCUUUAGGGAAGGGAUGGUCAAAAUUUGUGACGGCUACAAAGAAUGGUUGUGUAAUGCCAACAAAAAAUUGUGGAACCCUGUUGCAGAGUGUUGGUACAAAAUUCCUGUGAACUACUACAGUGCUACCUCGGUUUAUGAAUUUAAUCCAUUCUUAAACCGAAACAGUUCUUAAACUGAGGCGUGCUUUCCCUAACGAGGCCUCCCGCCACGGGUGCUUUUCCACCAUUUGGAUUCUGUUCUUAGACCGAGGUAAAGUUCUCAAACCAAGACACUAUUUCCGGUUUUGCAGAAUUUGUAAACCAAAUCGUUCUUAAACUGGACUGUUCUCAAACAGAGGCACCACUGUAUAGAUAACUAUAGAACAGCAAGUUUUUCUUCUGUGGUUAGAUGAAUAAAUUCUGCUUUUAUUUAUUUAUUUAUCUUGGCAGCGUUUUAGAUGAUGAGAGCAGCAAUCUCCGACAACAAAAGCUUGACAGACAGGUGAGUUUGUAAAAAUUUCAUUGCACUUCAUUGGUUAUUUCAUGUUGAUAGCUGGAGCUUGCUUAACUGGAUUUCUUAAGUAUAAGACAAACUUCCUCUUACUGAUAUUCACAACUGGUAACUUUUAGGUUUUUUCCAUAGCAUAAAUCAGUGCUGACCAAUAAGCCACCGGGCUCUUUAAAACUAGGUGUGUAGUUUUGCUGUGGAUAUGGACAAAUGACUCAUAAAUAUGCACUAUCUACCAUCAUAAUAUAAACAUGGAAACAUCUGGAAUGAGAGAUCCAUACAGCUGGAAAAUACACUCCCCUUCUGGUUAUAAAAUCUGCUAAGGAACUGAGAACUGAAAUACGGUAAUUGUUUAAUGCUCAGCGAAGAUCACUCUUACCCUGGGCUGCGAUGUUGAUACUAGCUUUCAAAUUUGUCUUUGAGACAAAAUAAUAUUUGGAAUCUAAAUUGGAAAAUCAGAUAUCCCACCCUCUCAUUUUGGGCCCAGUCAGCAUUUUCACAUGUUCCAUAAUCAGGCCACAGUGCUCCAUUCUCCAGGUUAGGGGUGUGAUGUAUGAAAUUACUUUCAGCCACCCCUGAACAAGCAUGGGUCACUUACAUGGUCUGAUGCAAGUAGUUAUUAGUAUGUUUUCCAGAAUCAUCACUAGCAAUUGGCUGCAGCCCGCUUGCUUUGUGCUUCUCAGGGCUGGGGUGUGUGGAUUGAUCUGAUGGAUCAUGCAAUUGUUGCAGAAUCUCUGUGCUAGAUUAGUUGUAGCAUUGGGAAAGACUUUUAUGCAUUUCACAGUGCAAUUCUCCCUGUGCCUAUUCAGACAUAAAUUCCAUUGAUUCAGUGGCUAGGGAGUUGCAGCACAUAGAGCUUAGAUCAUAAUUAUAAUCACCAUAAUACAGCAAUAAUUUUAGUUCCUAUACUUUAUUGCUUUCCCAAUAUUUAGUAUAAGUGAUUUUAAAUCUCAAAUCUGACUAUCAGUAGAGGAGUCAAAUAUCUCUGCUCUUAUCACCGUAGGUAUUUUUGCUUUUUUAAGUUUUAAAAGAGCCUCUCCAUAAAGAAUUGCUUGCGUAUCUCCACUGUACAUAAUAGUAGCAAAAUAAAUGGUUUGAUACAGAAUUGUGGUAGGAGGUUGACGUCCAAUUUAAUAUUGUUUGGUUCAAAGCAUCUUGCUGAGACACCCAGAAAUCAGUCCAUAGGCCCACAGGUUCCUAUUUAAUUUAAUGAGGAGCUCUCUCUGUGUGUCACUGUGUGUUUUCCCAGCGAGCAUUACUUGAGCAGAAGCAGAAGAAAAAACGUCAGGAGCCACUGAUGGUUCAGUCCAAUGUCGACAGCCGGACAAGGGCGCGCAGAAUGAAACAGUCAGAAGAACAAGCACCAUUGGUUGAAUCUUACCUCAACAGCAACAGCAGCACCAUUUAUAAUGGUAUGUGUCCUAAUUUACUGCAAAAUGUCGAGGGCAGGGAAAAGAUCAAGAGAUGCAUUCGAGAAUAUGCUGACAAGAAUUUUAGGGAAAAAAGUAAUAUAAACUGGUCUAAACAUAGGCAUCAGAAUUGAAUAUUUGUUCCUUUUUACACAGCGGCUCAGUCUCCCUAUAACUCUUACUUCAAUAAUCCAUCAAAUAGUAUUUUGAUUAUUAUUCUCCCAAUGGAAAGAGUUUGGGGGGUUAGCUCUGUCAAUCUCUGUCAGAGAUUGACAGAGCUACUGAGCCAUCUAUCUUCCUUCUGAAAUUAUUCAAUCAUUCACCAUUUGUGGGAGGUGUUCCAUUCACAGUUGCAGAAUGCACUGCUGUUGUUUUAGCAAUGAAUUUCUCAUGGUUUUAAGCAAAAACUAAAACUACUACUUUUCAUAAAAUGGAAGAGGACAACUUGUCAACAGAAUGUACAUUUCCUUUCCAUGUUCUGUAGAAAGUUGACUGCACAUAAAACUUUCAGGCUUUUUGUCCACUUUCAUAAUCACUAACUGCCCUCACUCCCCAGUUAAACUUUUAAAUAUAAAAAUAAAAAUGCACCAUCAGUAGUUGAAUGUCUGACUGAAUAAAUCUUACUUCUUGGUAUACGGUUGCUGUCCUCAGCCUUUCAAUCUUGGCAAAGAAUGGUAAAUAUACAUAUUUUAGUAAACAUUAUGUGCAACACUGCAAUAUCAUGCAGCCCAAAUGACCUUAUUAAUGUGAGCAUACAGUUCCUUUGCUCGCAGAUUCAUUUUAUAUGCAUGCUCAUUACAUUUUAGUUUAUAAUUAUGCCAUCAUUUGCUUCAACUGCAGUAAGUCUGAGACAACCCUUCUCCCCUUCCCACCAUAUGAAAAUCUCAAUCCCCUUAAGUAUGUAUUUCAUUGCAAAAUAUUACAGGGAAAAUGUUAUUUUUUUACAAUAGCCUUUUAGAAAAUUGCAUUGAUGUUCACUUUCCCCCUUUAGCAUUCCUCAAAAGUGUUUUUGUUUUUUUAAAUUCAAAAUUAAAGAAGCAUUUGAAUUUCAUUAGCCGUUUUUAACCGCAAUUUAAAUGUACACGGUGUCUGAAUAUUAAAUGCAUUUGACUUAGUCUCAGCAGCCUUUUCUUCAGUUACAUUUAUAAAUUGGAAACCACACUGUGAAUAGAACUUCUGUUUGGAUGAAUGAUUUGCAUUUUGUGGCCCAGCACAUGUUGGUAUGCAUGUGCACAGAGGAGAGAAGCAAUAGGUUGCAUCCAGCACUGCCAUCAUUGGCAUAACCUCUCCAUCCUCUUAUCUCUCCUACAGUCCCCUGCACAUGCCAAAAUAUGCUCUGUAAUGUUGAGGGACCGGAUUUUGGCAUUUGGGGGGUUGCAGGCAGAGGAGAGGAAGGUGGAAUCCUGUUGCGUGUGUGGUAGUCUGAUCAUGCAGAGUGGGAUGCAACCCAUUUUUCCUAUGGAAAAUGUGUUGGCUCAAAAUACAUUCAGUUCCUGUCUGCUUCUUCCUUCCUUUUAUAUAACUUGUAAAAAAAUCAUCAAAAAAUCAAAUGUAUUUCAGAUGAAAAGUUUUGGCUGUACAUUGUUUAAUUUUGAGCCCCAUUUUACUUUGAGCCAUAAAUGACGUCAGUUUUCCACCAAGUGGCAAGUUUCAAGUUACCAGUUCAGUGGAUGUUUGUGCACCUUCUAUUAAUGAGCAUUAGUUAACACUUAAAAUGUUUUAAAUGUUUGUAUUCACACAAGCAGGGGGAAUCUAACAGUUUUUGACAUUAUAUAUAUAUAUAUAUGAAACAGUGUUUUAAUUUACAUUUCAAGAUAUGAGAAAAUUUCAGUUUUGUUAACCUAUAAUCGAAAGCAUCGGUUGAUACAGAAAAUUAAAUGUUUUCUAUUAAAGAAAACCUACCUUUUUGUUUCAGUUCAUCCUCCUUUUUGUGUUAACAAAAGUACAGUUAAAACUUAAUAGCUUUCUACUUUUUCAGUAGAACAAAAGGACCUGGGUACAAAUCUAACAUGAGAUAAAAUUGUUCCAGAAAAGCUUCACAUAGGGAGGAAAAACCUAAGGUUACAGGAGAAAGAUAAAGAAAAAAAAUGUUCUGUCUUUAUCAAAGGACACCAGCAUAGGAAAAUGUCAAGUCAAAACAUUGUUAACAACCAGCCAGGUUUUAUCAGUACUGUGGGAUGAUAAUGCUUCAACAUUGGUUCUUGGUUCUUGGUACCUUGGUUCUCAAACUUAAUCGGUUCUGGAAGUCUGUUCCAAAACCAACGCGUUCCAAAACCAAGGUGCACUUUCCCAUAGAAAGUAAUACAAAAUGGAUUACUCUGUUCCAGACUUUUAACAACAACCCCUAAAACAGCAAUUUAACAUGAAUUUUACUAUCUAACAAGACCGUUGAUCCAAUAAUCAAUGUUCUGUACUAUAAAAUAAAUAAGACAGUAUAGUAGAUGAUAAAAAGUAAAAUUAAUUUUUUUUUUAACCUGCACUGAUGAUAGUCAUUGUUUGAAUGGGUUUUUUUUAUCUAUUUCCACAGUCACACAAUCAGUCAAUCAAUCAAUCAAUCAAUCAAUCAUAAAACAAGCCAGGGUCACAAAAAUGAAAAAGCCACACAAACUAAAACCCCCAAAAUAGCAAAAACAAAAGCACCUGCAAUCAGAAACGGAAGGCUUUAAUUACGAUUGGGGGGCUUUAAUUACGAUUGGGAAGGCUUUAAUUAUGAUUGGGGGGGCUUAAAUUUGCUGGGCAAGGGUAAAACGGGAUGAAAAAAGCCUUAAUUACUAUGUUCGGGACUCAAAUUUGCUGCGCGACAGUGAAAAUGGAAGCUCAGGAGCAUGUUCAACUUCCGAGGCAAAGUUUGAAAACCGGAACACCUACUUCCGGGUUUGCAGCAUUCAGGUUCCAGGUUGUUCGGGAACUAAGCUGUUCGAAAACCGAGGUACCACUGUAGUAAGAUUCAUCUAAAAAUCAGGAAAGGAAUCAAGUGAAUUAAAAUAAUAUUUCACGCUAUUUACCAAAAGGAAAAGAAGCUGCUCUUCCUUGUCAUUCAAGGCCUAUUUAAAUCAGCCUCCCAGACUGAUGUUUAGCAUGGUACAUAGGGCUAGGUAUUCUAUAUGCCAGCAGAAAUCUCUUCAGGGUAAAACACAGGCCUCUCCUUUGCACCUUGUGGUUUCGCAAAGGCAGAGCUUCAGUUCCAUGACAGUCAUUUGUAGCAGGUAGGAUUUGGAAUAUGUAUGAGUUCACACGUGUAGACUUCUCUUCAGAGAAGGCUAAUUGGCUAAUUUACACUCUGUAUAAAUGCCAUCUGUAUUUCAUUUCAUUUUGUGUUCUGGAUGGAGCAUUCUGUACUCUCUAUUGCUUCCACAUUGAUAGGUGACUAGAAGCCUCAUGCCACCAUUGCAGCCAUGUGUACACUUGAUCUUUGGCCACUUCCUCGACAGAGAAGUGCACCCUGGGACAACCCCAGAUGCUGCUCUCCUAACAUAAUGGAGCCGCAAAGCCAGAGGCAGGCAGGGUUGGUUGUAGGCAUAUAUUCCUCGUGGUCUUCUCUUUCAGUAGGCUGAUGAAGCACAAGAAGUCCUGCACUCUGUGAUUUCCAGAGGGCAGGGUUAGAACUAAUGGAUGGAAAUGGCAAGGAAGCAGAUUUCGGCUAACUAGCAGGAGAAACUUCCACAGUAUGAGCUAUCUGGCAAUGGAUGAGGCUGCCUUGGGAGAUAGUGGGCUGUUCUUUACUGGAGACUUUUAAACAGUGGUGGCCACCUGCCAGGGAUGCUGUUGUUGCACCCUACGUUGCAAAUCUUGCGCUGAGUAGAGGGUUCGUUUAGAAGACCACCUGGCUUCCUUCUAAGCUUGACAUUCUACUGAGCAUGGCUGAAGCAUUCCCAAGAAUGAAUUGCUGAGGUAGCAAAAAGGAAUUGAGCACAAGGUGGGAUUUCAGUGAGUUUUUGUGUUUGACUCUUAUUACAGGGAAAUAAACACAAACAUGGAGCAGCCACCUACUAUGGUUCUUUCCAGGAGCUCAGGAAUUCUGCUCAGUUCUGCCCACCUGUCAAAUUUGACCUGCGAGGCUGAUCCUAAUAAGGAGCAAAAAAGGUUCUCCGUCCCUGCCAUAGUUUAUUGUUCUACUCUUAAGUGUCAAUUUAUUCUGCUGAAAUUAUAGGGUACUCUCUGUUUAUCUUUUUGAAAAUCUCAUUUGGCUGCUUUUAUAGCAAAUAAUUCAGUUUUAUGUGGAUUCAAGACAUCAAUAUUUGCUGGAGGGACAUAUGGUGGGGCAGCUUCAUGACCCUGCCCCACCUCAUGUGGUGCUAUGGACAGUAUGGAUCAGUCCUCAAACCUAAAGUCAUAUGGAUUGCUAAGCUCUGCCUCAACAAAAUUCGACAUGUGUAUUAAAACAGAAAUUCAGGCUUUGACAAGUGCAGAGAAAGUGCCACCUUUGGAACUAAUUCUCAAGCUGCAGCCCACAGUAUUUAUUUAUUUUGCUUCUGGCUAUUCCUAGUUAGUUGAGCAAACUGCUGAAAUAAGAAGUGCCAGACAGUUUCUGUGUUUCUUUAAAAAUGCAGUUUAGGGACACAUGCAAAUCAACUCAUUCUUUAGACAGUUUUAAUACACAUUUUUAUAAUUUUUGCAAGGCCUCACCAAAACUCCUCAGCGAAGCACUAACAGAGCCUUCUUGUGAUCACACACAGAGUCCCUUUUCAAAAAAAUUGGAUAGUCCCAAAUGCAUUUCAACACAGCUGGACAUUGUUGGAGGGAUGUCCAGACCAGGCAUAGGCAAACUCGGCUCUCCAGAUGUUUUGGGACUACAGUUACCAUCAUCCCAUCCACUGGUCCUGUUAGCUAGGGAUGAUGGGAGUUGUAGUCCCAAAACAGCUGCAGGGAAAGUUUGCCUAUGCCUGGUCCAGACUAUGUGUGUGAUUCCAAGAAAGAAUUGAUGACGACGACGACGACGACGAUGAUGAUGAUGAUGAUGAUGAUAUCCGGAUGUGAAAUGGAUCAACUAUUGAAAGUCAUCUUGCAGGAAACACCAGGCAAAACAAUAGAUGUGGAUACACACAAAUCUAUGUGUUUGAGUGACCUGAAAACCUAAUCAUUCAUUGCUAAUAGAUGCUGCAAUCCACACCAGAUCACCAAGCUUAUAGGAUGCCAUGAACCACCAAUGGGGAACCUGUGGUCCUCCAGAUGUUGCUCGACUCCAACUCCCAUCAUCUGACCAUUGAGCAUGCUGGCAGGGGCUGAUGGAAGCUGGAACCCAGCCACAGCUGAUUGACCACAGCUUCCUCAUCCCUGCCAUAGAGGAAAUCCUGAUAUGACCAUCCUUCACCUUCUUCUUUGUCAAGGAGCAGCGGUUCCUGGAACUCUUCCUGUUACCAUUACUGGUCAUUGUUGCAGCUUUAGAACUUCCCAAAUAUAAUUAAAUGGCUUUAUAUGAAUGCCAAGUCUUUUACUCAAGGCUGCUUGCCAUUUGAAUCUUAUUUCUUUAAAAGGACCCUCUUUUGGCAGCUUGAACAUCUGAGCACUUAUCCUAAACUCUAAAAAAAGCAGAAUGUUAAAUCAAAGAUGGAACUAGUGUGGAGUUCGUUUUAAUGGUGCGCAGAAGCUCUGACUUAUGAAAGGAGUAUUGCAAUUUAGGCUGCCAUAUUAUGCACAUUUACUUGGAAGUAAAGCCCCAUUGAAUUCAGUGGGAUUUGCUUCCAAGUGUACGUACUUGUAAUUGCAUUGUUAGUGAGCUCUGGAGUUACAUAACAUUACCACUUUUUUCUUUUCUGUACUUUUAUGAAGGUGUGUGCAUGGAGUGGGGAUUGGAGGAUCAGAAGGAGCAGCCUGCCAACUUCUGUUUUUUACUUUGUUGUAGAAAUAUUUGUUUGUAUGUGUUUCAAAUAAGUAAACUGACAAUAUGAAACUACAGUGAUUGUUUGCCUCACAGGUUCAUGCAGGUCUAAUGAUUAGGCCUGCAAUCCUUUGCACAUUUACUUAGGAAUUAGUUUCAUUGAACAUAGUGAGAUUUGCUUAUUAGCAGGCAUGCAUAGAUUGAAUUGCAAAGAAGCUGAAUGGGUUACGCCAGCACAAAAGCUUCUGUGCUUAAUUUUGUUACAUUUUGAGUUGAUGGUCUCUCAUUUUUUUCUGUUUUCCUCUUUGAGAAUUUGCAAAACAUGUUUAGAUAAAGCAGAGGAGAAGUGAGACAAGAAGACCAGAUACUAGCCAGUAAAUUUACUUGCUGCUGGGGACUUUUAUUUGAUGCUUGAAAGGGCAGGCUGGUGCCCCUACAUAAAAAUAAGUUGACUUGUAGGUAAAUGCUGCUGCUUGCAAUUUGAAGUGGCAAAUUUGAUGGAGACAGUGUCCCUUGCAGCAUCCCUCCAGAUAUUAUUAGGAACAUUGCAGGAAUGUUAGUACAUUUUAAAUAAGGUGCUGUUUUCCCCCAGAAGAAAUCUUAGAAAUGGAGCCUUAACUGAUGAUAUCACAGGGGACCAUGUGCACAUGGCACUCUCAGUUCUUCUGAUGUCCUUGGACAUAGCAGUCAAGGCUGGUUCACCCAGGCAAAAUGUAACACAGAAAGGGAUUGCCAUUUAUUUUACUAGCAGCCUAAAGGUAAAGACGGUAAUAUACUGUAUUUUUAAAAUAUUGUUAUAAACCUGCAGUCUUCUACCCUAUACUGUCUUCUUUCUCUGGAACUGACUUGAUAUAUAUAAAAAUACUUUUACAAUCUGCCUGCUUGCUUGCUCACUUCUUGUGGCUUCAUAGGUUUCUCAUUUCUUCUCUCCUCUGUUUUUCUCUUUAUGUUUCUUUUUGGUUGGGGUGUCUGGAUUCUCUCAAGCAGUACAGGAGCCUGAGCAAGAGGACGUAAAGGUGGUAGCAGAGUCACAAGCUCCAAAGUCAACUAAAAAAGCCAAGGCAGCUACAGGAGGCUGCCAAACUGGCAACAUCAGAAAGGAGAAAAAGGGGAAGCACAAAGGUUAGCUGCAUGCUGCUGAUUAUUAAAUAAGAAUGAGACAAGUCACCAUAUGUUUAUACAAUGGCAAGGGGUGAUUUUUCUUUCCUUUCAUAUUUUUUCAUUCAAGCUACACAUUGUCCGAAACCUAUAUUAUAUAUAUGUGUGUGUGUGUGUGUGUGUGUGUGUGUGUGUAUAUAUAUAUAUAUAUAUAUAUCUAUAUAUAUAUAUGUUAUAUUCAAUAGAUGGAGUUUGCAUUGUCCAGUUGAGAUAUCAAGUGCACCCAAGUACUGAUAUUUCCACUCCUUUAAUUGGUGGUGUUAAGUAAGGAUUUAAUGCUUACCACUUUCCCAGAAAGCCUCAGAGCAAGCUAUAACAUGUAUAAACCAAAGUGCAAGAUUCCAGUAACAAAGCAAUAAUAUAACAAGUCCCUGGUGAAUGCUGCCCACAAAAUCCUAGCUUAACCCCAGUGACUCAAAUCCAAAUUAGAAAUGUUUUCAAGACUUUUGAAAAGAUACACAUAUCCACUCUCUCUGCCGAGUCUCCAAAGAGACAUUUUAAAUUUAUUAGCUACUUGCCACAUAUAAAGAGUGUAAUUAUUCAUUAUUUAUGUAUUUUUAAUAAAAAAAAUUAUAGCCUCUCUGGGUGGGAAACAAUAAAAGCAUAUGAAAACAGAGUGCGUUCACAAUGAGCAAAAUUAACAAAAUCCAUCAGAUGCAGCAGAUCAGCCCCAAAUCACAGCCACACAUUAAAAUUUAUCCAAAACUUAGGCAAACAACUGUAUUUUAAGCUAGUGUCUAAAUAAUAACAAAGUCAGUGCCUGCUGAAUGUCAAUAGGGCUGUUCCUCUGGCUUGUUCUAAUGGCAUUUUUUUGCCCAUUCCAUCUAGCAUGGAAAGCCUAGAUACAGCUGUAUCCAAGUGCUUGUAUUUAUUGAUUUAUUUCAUUGAUUGCAUUUUUGGGAACAUAUUUUCCUAUUCCACAUAAUAAAGGCUAGAGUUUGCUAGUAGAUAUUUGGGUUCACCUUUGUGGAUAUGGGGGUGGACUGUCAAGAGGCUUUCAGCCUGGGCUGCUUGACUGCAUCGCCAUUGAACCUGUUUCUCCAUGUGCAGCAUGUUGUGCAUGAAGACAUGGAUGUGAAGCUCCACUCUGCCAGUCAUCGCAGCAGGAUUCCACAUGUGUCUGUGUGUGAACGAAGAGCAAAGGAUCUGCUUGUUUUCUGAGCACAGUUGGCGCUUGUGACAAACAGAACAGGACAUGUGACAGACCCCACUGAUCUGGGUGAUGCACGUGCCCAGCAUUCAUUGUCACAACCUUGGCAAUCCCAAGGGCCAAGUUAGAUGUGACGUUUGUCACACAGGUAGCCCAUGCAUAGUUGAUUUUCAAAUAACAAAUAGCUUGUGUGGUUAGCAAACUGAAUCAGACCUGCGGUGUUGGGAAGAGGUGGGCUUCCCCUCUUUGUCUCCGUCAGAAUCCCCCACCAGCCUCCACAAGGUGAAUACUUAGGUGUUGGUUAGUCAUUCUAAUAGGGACCAUGGCAAAGUGUUGACUCCCACCCCUCAGUAUACUAUAGUCCUGAUUUAGCUCUCUCACACACCCAGAGUCAGGGGUCAGCAAACGUUUUCAGCAGGAGGCUGGUCCACUGUCCCUUAGACCUUGUGGGGGGCUGGACGAUAUUUUGAAGAGGAAAAAAACCAAACAAAUUCCUAUGCCCCACAAAUAACCCAGAGACGCAUUUUAAAUAAAAGUACACAUUCUACUAACGUAAAAACACUCUGAUUCCCGGGCCAGAUUUAGAAAGCGAUUGGGCCAGAUCCGGGCCCCAGGCCUUAGUUUGCCUGUCCAUGCCCUGAGUUAAAGAAAAUUCAACAACAGAAGGGCAAAAUGAAUGACAAAUGCCCUCUACUUUGCCCUUUAGUCAGUGUACACCCAAGGUUCCCAUACUGCUGGCCCUUUUUUCAACUGUGCUAUCCAUGCUGCUCUGCUAAGCCCUUGGUCUGGAAUUUGUAUCUAGAAGGGGCUGUUUGUACACCUCAGCCUUGAAAAAUUGUGCAUCAGGAACGCAGACUUGCGAAGUGCUGUCUUCCGUAGUGUGCCAGAAGGCAGAGAUACCCUGUAUAGGCAGUACACCUGCUUUUCCAAAAUCUUCCGAUUAUCUGGAAAUCUACCUAGUUUAUGCAGAGGAAUGAGAUUAUACUUGGCAUGGUUUAGGAAACAAGCACUCACUUGAUUUCUGAAUUUGAAAAGGCUAUUCAUUUUAGCUGAAGCGCUGGUGUAUUCUCUAACUCUAUAUACAAUCGUCCAUACAAAAUGCUGAUUGAAUGAUUUUUGUGUAUCUCGGUCAUGAAAGGCCCCUCUUACAAAUCUCUCGGGACAGAGCCAAGUGCUGCAGGUGCUCUCCAGUGUGGCUUUUUCUCUCACUGCAGUGGCAGUUCUGGGUCAAAAUGGCUGUAGUCCUAAUUAAUUAAAUCUAGACCCAAUUAAUUAGCUUUUUAAAAAAACUAUAUUGUCUGUGAAAGUAGUGUUUACCUCAACUGGGCUGGAUUUAAGGUUUUGGUUAAAAAAUAAUACCACACUUAAUGAGGAAGAACUGUGAAUGCCUAGUCUGUAUUUCUCAAAGAAAUUUAGAGACAAAUGUUUGUGAUUUUUGUUUAAAACAACAAGCCGUGCUUUUAAGGAUGAGCAGAUUAGAAACUAUGUGUUGUUUUGAACAUAUUUAUUUUCAUUAAGCUUAUGUAUUAAUAUUAAUGAAUGUAUAUACUGUAACUAACAUUUUUGGUUUUGGUAAAAUAUUUAGGACUUUCCCCCCCAACUUGCACUCUGUUUUUUGACAGUGAGAUUUUCAGGCAGCGAGAUAUUUUGGGGGUGGGUGGGGGUGGGGGGGAGUAGGAUGCAAAGGAGUAGGAUAAAAAAUUUCAUAUCCAAUACAUUUUGGACUUGGCUCCUUGGGCAUAUUCCUCUGCCAACCCUGACCAAUGUUCUUCACCAGAGUAGCACCCAUCUGCUCAAGAGCAUCAAACUACACAUCAGACAUAAUUCAUGUUCCUGGUUUUUAAAAUUUCACAGUCUAAUAUCAGGAAAAGGUGGAGAAGGGAAAAACAACAACUAUACAAACAUUUUCUGGAGAUUUUUCUUUACACAUUUUGGGGAUAGGACUAGCAUUUUAGUUUUAUUAUAUAUCAGUUGCGUGUUAGUGUCUCAGUUGCUCCAGUUGAUUGGAGGGCUUCUAUCUGCAUGGAAGUAGGUCUCUAUCCAUAAUCAAAUGAGGUUGCAUGUGCGUAGGCAAAUAAUAAUAAUAAUAAUAAUAAUAAUAAAAUACAUUUUAUUUAUACCCCGCCCUCCCUGGCCAGAGCUGGGCUCAGGGCGGCUAACACCAAUAAAAUCACAGUAAAAACAUAAUAGGGGGGAAAGAGGUGAGGAGAAAAACCAAUUUAAAAUACAGGUUAAAAUGCAAUUUAAAAUAGCCAAUAAAUCAAGACCAUAAGGGGAGGGAAACAUAAGGGUCAGACCGAGUCCAAACCAAAGGCCAGGCAGAACAGCUCUGUCUUGCAGGCCCUGCGGAAAGAUGUCAAGUCCCGCAGGGCCCUAGUCUCUUGUGACAGAGUGUUCCACCACAUCGGGGCCAGUGCUGAAAAGGCCUUGGCCCUAGUUGAAACCAAUCUAACCUCCUUGAGGCUCAGGACCUCCAAAGUGUUGUUAUUUGUGGACCUUAAGGUCCUCCACGAGGCAUACCAAGAGAGGCGGUCCCGUAGGUACAUGGGCCCUAGGUCAUGUGUCUUGCAUCUUUGUGGACCGGUCAGCAUCAGGUGCUCUGUGCAGAGAGCUAACGUUGUGCUGUUUGCUCAGUUAUUUCCCCCCACCACAAUCCUUAUUAUCCCCACAAGUCACCUGAUUAGUAGACUUCAUUUGUUUUAAAAGGGCUCUUGCUUGUGCAGCUCCAAACGUGCUAUAGUGAGUCCUCCCCUCCACAGUUAAAAUGUCUCACCCCCACAACUGUUAACUAGGAUCUCAGAGAAUGGGAAUUUCCCUUCCAUGAUUUUGCUUUUGGUAUCCAUUUACUUAUUUAUGGUCACAGUUCACUUUGAUAACUUACAGAUACAGUAGGAAUGCGUAGUUUGGGAGUUCAGUAACUGGUAGAAUUCUAAUGGCUGAGAGGUUGCACAAAAAUCACAAAAUUUAUUUUGUAUAUCAUAUGUAGUGUAUCCCCUAUUUGGCGGGACCCUGCGGUGUGCUGUUAGAAUUCAGCUGUACUCGGAAACAGCAUGUUCCGAAAGGGUUUUCAUGCAUUUAGAUGAUGUAAGAGUCUCAUUUCAUAGUAAGGCCAAUCUCGUUGGGCUAAAAGUAGACCAGGUUUUAUGAAUGAUCAGCUAAUUUUCUGAGCUGUAAACUAUUGAAUUAUACAUGAGCAGUACUCAUAGUCUCUCUUGUAAUAACUGAAUGCAGAACCUUAAAUGUAAAAACUGAUGGUUUUCUGAGUGGCUUCGUGGCUGAUGACAUUGCAUUCAGGACAAUGUGAUAAAGAUGAACACCAGGGAAAUAUUAGGCAUAACGAAGCUGCACUUUCAUAAAAUGAGAGAGAAAUGGUUAGUUACUGGAUGCAGCUAAUUGUUUGUGUAGGGUCAUUGCAUUCCCUGUGUACUUACAGGCCAAUAAAGAGCUAUUGCUUUGGUGCAGUGCAUAAAAGCUCUCAUUAGAAUAAGGAUAGGUUAUCCAGCCCUCACAAUGCACAUUAAUAGAAACCCUGCUUUCUUCUUCUAUUUUUAAGUCUCCAUUUCAUAGGCAGGAAAAUAAUAAUUGCAAUAAUUUUCAAGCACAAACAUUACCUUGUCUCAGCUAUAUGAUUAUAACGCCAUCCUUGCUAGAUCGCUGAUUAAAUAUAUGCUUUGGAGUCCUGUAAAUUCAGUUAGUUGUGGCCAUGGAUGUAAGAUGACACAUUAAAAUUGUCCUUUUGACCUCAGAGCAAUUUAGCUGUAGUGAUUAUGAUUUCUGAAAUUAGUUCUAUUUCAAACUCAGUCAGUCGUGAGCAUGCUACUUUGGAAAGAACAGGGAAUUACAAAAUCCAGACAACAAGAAAACUUGUUAACUCCUUAAGCAGCUGUAAACUCCUUAAAAUGCACACUUGAAAUCCCAAGAGUGGUGUUCCAGAAUUGUAACUGAGCAGAUUUCAAUUCCAGUACAGUAGUUUCCCUCUACUAUGGCAAAUGGACAUGUUCUUAUUAUUUUAAACAACUAAGAUGGGGGCAAGCUUUAUGGUACCCCAACUUCAAGGGCACAUCCAGACCAGAACAAGUUCGUUAAUUCCCUCUGACAUUUAUGCCUUACCUCAGAAACAUGCAGAAAUGAAUUAGAAUGACUGUUGCCAGGUUGCCUCCUUGAGGGUGCAAGUUCAGCAACAAUGAAAUCCUCCUACUUUCAGUCAGGGCAACUAUCCAAAAGGGAUGAGUGCAAAAGAUGUCUUGUGCAUGAGUAGACAGCUGAAUAGUAGGAAAAGACUACUCUUGUAUCAGAAGAGCCACCAAGGCAAUUUCCCCUACUAACAGAAGUCUAGUCAAUAGUUGAGCCAGAUACCAAAUCCAAGAAGAAACCAACUUUAAAAAAAUAAUAAUCUAGCAAUGAUCAAACCCAGACAAGACAAUAGAAAUCCAUGAUCGAAUCUCUUCACAAAUAUUUUGGUGUGUUUGUGUGAGAGAUCCAGAUUGGGACCAUGGUGUGGGAGAGAGGGUUAGGUCUCCCUGCCUCCACCAUUUCCCUGAUAAAAAUGGUUUACCCAGAACUGCUGCUUGCUGUAUGUAUGCAAAACUUUAUUAAAAAUAAACCAAGUGACAGAAUUAGGAAGGUAUGCAUGGGGCAAAGGUAAACAUAUUAGUAAUGGGCAAGAGAGACAGACAGACACAUACACACACACAAACACACACACACACACAGAGAGAGAGAGAGAGAGAGAGAGAAAUAAUAAUAAUACAGGAGGUGGUGAACAUAAAUUGAAUAGAGAUGGGACAGCAGAAGUCUCCUAUCCAAACCAGUUGCAGAAAGCCUUAGGUUUCCAUCCUGUACAGGUUUACCUGGGAGUAAGUCCCAUUAAGCUAAAUGAGUCUUACUUCUGAAUAGACAUGAAUAGGCUUGCUAGACCCAACCAGUUCCAUGCAUUCUGAAACUUCUCUAUUACCAUGCAGUAAGAUGCCUCUGGAAGCAUUAGGGCACGGGAUGGUGAUCCCCUGUUCUUUGUUCUUUGUCCUCAGCAUCUGAUUGUGGCACCUCCAGACUCAGAGGCAGUAUACCUCUGAAUAUCAGAAGCUCAGGGGAUUGUGGUUUAACUGGGAAAGUUAGUAACCAUAAAUCAUUCAAUCUGCUAUAAGGAUUUAUCUGCCUUCAUUAAGAAUAAGGUACAAACUUUUGCCCAACUUCAGUUGCUAAAAAGGGACAUUGGAUGACAGAUCAGAUGAAGCAAGGCUAACUGUGCCUUGUUCCUUACACAAUUGUCGGUAAGAGUUAUCUAAAAAUAGGCUCUAUUCUCAAAGAAAUAGGUGGGUUUUUUUAAACGAGCAAGGAAUUCAGAUCAUUAUCUGGCUACUUCUCCUGUUCACUUUUCAAAUGUGAAUCUCUUGAGAGUCGUGGUUUGGAUUAAAUGAAAGCCUUUACAGUGUCAUUUUGGUUAGCUAUACUUCAAAAUAAGUUGUCUCUUAAAAAAAAGAGUUGGUGUCUUCUUUUUACUCCUAACCUCCUAUCAUUCUUCUUAAUUUCAAAGCAGGCCAGUGUUUCUUUGAUGUAUAGCAGUGCCAACUUUCCAGCACGGUUGGCGAUGAUGUGGGCUUUUCAGCAGCACUUCAGAAUUCUAAUGUGCAGAUGUGACUCCGCUGUAUACACUGGGCCUUUGAAUGUAAUAAAUAUCCCAGGGGAAAGAGCUAUGAACUACACAUCCGAUGAGGCCAAUUGGCUUUGUUUGUAGGUUUACAUACAUUACGGCUGAGCUGAAACUGCGCGCACACACAAUUUCAUCUUGACUUCCAACAGGGGGAAAUACCUUCACUAGGGAUGGGCAACAUCUGGCCCAGGGCCUGAAUCUGGCCCAACAGGCUCUGGGCCUCUGGACUUGGGCCCCUAUCCCCUGGCUGAGGCCCUCAUUGGCCCUACUCUGCACCCUCCUCAGGUGCCUUUUCCUGGCUGGAAUGUGUUUUGGAUCUGUGGUCAUGUCUCUUGUUUGUUAGGAUGGGCAGAUGCAGUUAGAACCCCCUGACUCCUGUAGUUCUGUGAGGAAAGCUACAGUGGCAGCUGGUUACUGUCAGGGCAGAGGACAGGAAGCGAAUGGAUGAGAGUCAGCUUUCUCUGCUCUUCUUUCCAUCCUCCUUCUGAAAACUCAUUGGACACUGCAGCUAUUAUCAAGAGGAGAAAAAUGGGACAUCAUAUUAUUAUUAUUAUUAUUAUUAUUAUUAUUAUUAUUAUUAUUUAUUACCCUUCCUCUGGUUAACAACAAAAAAUUGCAAAAUGAGAACCAAAAAUACAUAAUAAAAACAAGAACAAAAACACAUUUAAAAGACCAUCAAAUGUUAAUCAGCCAAAGGCCUGGUUACAGAGAACUGUUUUUGCCUGGUGCCUAAAGUUCUUUAAUGAAGAUAAUAUAGUGAAGGCACCAGAGUAGCCUAUCUGGGGACAACAUUCCACAAACGAGGAGCCACUGCAGAAAAGGCCCAUUCUCGUGUUGCCACCCUCUGGACCUCUUGUGGGGGAGGCACACACAUAUCUAGGAGUCAUCAUGAAAUAUCUAACACAUAGCUAUAAUUUUUCAGUUCUGCUUAUAUCUAGAUAGAUAGACAGACUGAUUUAGCACAUGAUUCCAUUAUGAGGACUGAAAUGCAGAGGGGUGCUUCUGUUUGUACAAGACAAUUCGUAAUCCCUUGCAUAAGGUCCCAAGACAAGUGCUAGCCCAGGGUGUCGUACAAACCCUUCUGCAGGGCCUUGUUCAGUGCCACACAAUUUCCUCGAGUAGCUCGUGUACAACACAGAAGAGCGCCAUUGGCAGAAUUACUCCUAUCUGUAGCUCUAACCCACUGUUUUGUAUUGCCUUCUGCUGCAAAUAUUUUGAUUUAAUUGCUAGUUUGAUUAUUGCAAUUAUUUUCUCUCUGUUUUGCCUUAUUUUUGAGUAGCAUGUGUGAGUUUGCACUGUUGAUCAAUAGAAAUGUUUGUUUGUGUAGCCAUACUGCAUUUCUACAACACGUAUGUAUGUAUUUAUUUUUAAAUAUUUUACUUAGGCUGCUUUUCUGUGCAAAUGCCCACCCAAAGCAAUUAAAAACAAUAAAAGAACAAUUAUACUGUAUCGAACUGUAUCAAAGCUACAGUUCAGCAGCAGCCCCCAUGAAAAUAAAUAUAAAUGAUAUAUAAAUAAGUGAUGCUCACUCUAGAAUCCCUCUGGCUAUUAAAUUGUAGAUAGCGCUCUUCAAAUGAAGGCUAUGACAUUCUGGAUGGGAAUCAGCAUAUUGGUGCAUAACUAGUUUGUUAAGGGCUACGGGUAGCAUAUUUCUGUGUUUGAUGGUGUGACCCUUUCCCCUCUUAAGUUGGGCACAAACAGAAACAGAUGCACACGUGUGUCCCACCCACCCACCCGGCCUUUUACAUUGUAUGCAUGUCUGUUCUCUCACCGUGCAGAGAAGAUGCCUGGCUUAAUGAGUGUGAGAAACCAUCGCAAUUAAUUGCUAUGCUAAGUCACACCAGUGGCCCACUCUAUGCAGUGCUCUGUCUCGGGCGAAUAUCCAGUGAAAGGAAAGUGCUUAAAGGGAACUGCAAGGAAAAUCUGCCUUGUAAAGUAUGAAUUAGUUCCCAUGGCUACCUUUGCUUCAUUAGUUACUUGCAGAAUUAUUGUGGCUAUAGUGCACAUAAUUGUCUCCCUAAAAAGCUUUUCUGCAUACAUUUUGCAGGCUUAUUCUACCAGUGUAAGCAUAAGGCACUUUUGUGCCAAUUUAAUUCUUUGUUGCCAGUUCUUAAGUGCCAGUUUCUAGUGUGCAGAAAUUCAACAUUAACAUUUUUUAAUUUACUUUUGAUAGUAUGUGAGAAAUAAUAAAGUUGCGUGGUCACAGGAAAGUAAAAUGGAUGAUGCAAAUUAAUGCUAAUAGCCAAGGAGGGAAUUAGGCAAUGUUUGCCCAGUUCUGAUUUGCUCCCCCCCCCCACAUCCCCAUUUGUGAUCAUCUUUUCAAGAGACAUUAUUAAAAUAUUGACAUUUUGAAAUAGUAGCGAAUUCUGCCUAGUGCUCUGCAGUUUCUGUCUCCGGUAGUUAAUUUUGAACCGCACAGAACAGGAAGCAUGUAAACCAUUAUGCAAAGAAAUUGAAAUAUUACAGCUUAUAUCAGUUCAAAAAUGAUUUUUAUAGGGCGGACAAAUAAGUAAACACAAGCACAACAUUUUGUACAUGCAAGCAUAAAAUCAGAAGCUGAAAUGCACAUAAUUCUAUUUUGUUUUGAUUUUCUGUCACUAUAGCAAGCUUUUUUCUCAAAGGGAGUGACAUGAACUGUUACCUUUACAUUUCAGUUCUGAGUUUGGUUUGGAAGAUUGUCAGAACGCAUCCAAUCCUUGUUUCAUGUCAUUCCAUAUUGUGGUCAUUUAAGCAGCUAUGUGGGUGGGGCUAGCCUUCCAUAUCCAGUGGCUGUGCAGGCAAGUGACACACUCAAUCCAUUCCUCCCCAGCCUACAGCCAAAGCAGCUUCUGUCUUUGCCUGCCAUGAACCUGGAAGCUCCAAAUGUCAGGCAGGAAGCAGUGAUAAUUCCACAUGCCUCUUCCUCAUGCCAAGAAAAAACACACCAUGGGGAGCCAUUUCCUACCACUGCCUGCCUCUUAUCCAGGGUCUCCUGCAGCCCACACAGGAUGUGACCAAUCUCUAUUGGUUACAAUGGUAGUUUUAGGCCACUUGAGGUGCCAUUCUAAAGGCAAGUGCUCUGUGAAAGGACUUCCUAUAACAUUGCUCUUUCAGUACUCUUCUAGAUAACAGUUUUCAUGCUAACUGAUCUAGAGCCAGACCCCUGGAAGCAACAGGAAGCAAGCACUCUUUUGUAUGAAAACUACGUUUCUUAUUUAAAUAUACCUAAAGAUGGCUGCCAGGUUUGACUUCUUAGGUAUGCCGUGGUCAAAGGUUGAAAAACACAUAUUGUCUUUGGAUAGUGACACUGUUGUUUGACUUUUUCUGCUUGAUAGGAAUUGAUGGUCCGGCCGCUUUUCAAGAUGAUGUACAGGAAGUAGGGAGCCAAGUUCAAAUACUUACUGUUGGAGAGGCUUGCCAAGAUGAGGAUGAUGGUGAGACAAUAGCUACCAGUCAACAACAAGGGACACAGGACCUUAGACUGACAAUGCAGAAGAAAGGUAAGGAACCACAAAACUUGCUGCUGAUGCUGCUGGCUGUUGGUUCUACUUGGUUUGAUUACAGGUCACCUAAUCCAAUGGAUUCAGGUUACAAUAAAAGAGAUUUCAAAUAAACAUCAGGAGGUACUUUCUGAUGGCAAGAGCUGUUUGACAAUGGAAUGGACGCCUUUGGAAGGUGGUGGUGUCUCCAUCAUUCAAGAUUGGAUGGCCAUCUGUUGUGGAUGCUUUAGUUGAGAUUCCUGCAUUAUACAGGGUUGGACUAAAUGACCCUCAGGCUCCUUUCCAACUCCAGAAAACUGUGAUUUUAUUUUUUUUAAUUUUUUUUACUAAAAACCAAUUCAUAAUAUGCUCCCCAAAAUAGAUGCCAGAGUAUGGCUAGUUAAUACUACUGAGAUAAGGACUAGCUUGGUUCUCAUUGAGUCAAGGUUCCAAGGUAACCCAUUCCAGCGCAAAACAGCUUUUACUGUCAAAUCCCCCCCCCCCAAUAAUUAGUUGGAAUCUCUUUUUUUGAAAUUUGAAUCCAAUGGCUUACAUUCAGCAGAAAACAAACUUGCCCUACCUUCCAUGUGACAGCCCUUUGGAUGCUUGAAGAUCAUAUCACAUCUCAAUCUUUCACCUCAUAGUCAAGUAAAUGGGCUCCAAUCUGGGACUCAGCCAAGAGGGGCCAAAACGUCAGACAUCAAAAUGACUUCAUCAGGAGACAGAUUAAGCCCUUGUCCCCAUGACAUCCCUGACCACAUCCCUGUAGUUUGCACUUGGAAACAUUGCAGUGGGAGAAUAUCCUUCCCAUUCAUGUCUGAUACUGUUUGGUGUAGUUACCUCAAACAGGGAUCCAUUCAGGGUCGGGAUCAACAAACUUCAUUGCUUUAGAAAUGGGUAUUACAUUUCCAGUGUUUUGACCCACUUUUAGACAACAGGUUUAGGAAGGAGAGAAGAUUUCCUUAUUGUUUUAGAGGACCUUGCAGCUAAGGUUUGAGGAAGAAGAAUUCAAGGCCAGGGUUGGAAAAGCAGCCUAGGCUCUGCCCUUCCUCUUUCUGAGGCCAAGGCCUAAAUGAUAGGAGUGUGGGGUAGAGAGUACUGAAAAAAAUGAGGUUGGUUGUGGGAAGGUGAGGGUUUACCUACUUUUCAAAUACAGUGGUGCCUCGCAUGACGAAAUUAAUCCGUUCCGCGAGUCUCUUCAUCUUGCGGUUUUUUUGUCUUGCGAAGCACGGCUAUUAGCGGCUUAGCGGCUAUUAACGGCUUUGCGGCUUUAAGAAAAAGGAAACAAACUCGCAAGAACUCUCAAGACGUUUCGUCUUGCAAAGCAAGCCCAUAGGGAAAUUCGUCUUGCGGAACGACUCAAAAAAUGGAAAACUCUUUCGUCUUGCGUGUUUUUCGUCUUGCGAGGCAUUCGUCUUGCGAGGUACCACUGUAUGUUGGGUCUUCAGCUUGUUUUUCAAUAAAAUAGCAUCCUAUUUCCCACCCUAUUUUCACAGUGUAUCAUAAUUUGCUUUCCCCCCUAAAGUCAAAUCUGGGUUUAUUGUAACUCAGAUGUGCUGUAUUUUUUAUUUUAUUUUUUAAUGAGCUGAUGUUUUCACUUAUUCCUUCUUGCUAUGUGUUUUCUUGGAGCAAGCCAGUAAUCCUGUUAAAAGUGACACACUUAGGACCUGUGACAAGUUUGUAGGAAAGUGUUACAUGAAAACACGAGAGCUUAGCUGCCUCACUUCUCAACGUCAGUGGAUAGCGCCGUUUCGUACAUAGGACUGAGGCUUAGCUGUGUGACUGUCUCCCCUGUCCCGUGGUGGUGGAUUAUAUUAUGUCCUAGAAGGAUCAAACAGCGAGUUUUAAUGACUAGGGGACUUGGGAUAUUUCUAUUAAGGAGCAUGGCUUGCCAGUCUGAUAUCCAAGUAAGGCCUUUGAAAGCCAACUAGAGUCCCUUGUGGAUACUGAGAACAUGUGCAACUCUUUCACUGUAUUCCUCCACACCCCCAUCAAUUUAAUAUUAUUGAAAAGCUAUAAACAACAGAAGGGGAUUACUAAAAUACUGUGCAGAAAGCUUGCAACUAUUUCUUCCAGUUGCUUUGCUCUGGUUUGAACUUACUCUGUUCAAAUUCUUUGGUGGCAGCAUCAGCUAAUAUUUAGCUCACAUAACAAAUGCUUGUUUGUUCCCUGUGUGGCAUCCACAAAAUGCCCCCCCCCCCCCAAACUUGCACUUCCUGAAAAUAUAAAAAUGUACAGGAAAUACAAGGCCUGCAAAGAAUGUCAACUGUUUUGUUUGAUACUCUAAUCUGAAUAUGCCACCAGCAGCUUUAGUUACUGGGAAAUAUUCUGCCAUUUAGAUUUCAAUUUUCCUUGUCGGUGAACAGAGUCAAAAGGACAGUACAACUGUUUCUUACAUUAUAGCAAGCAUUCUGUUUCUGGGAUGCUGUCAGUACCAGUUAUGUCACUGUAACAAUAUGAAAAUUAGCAGCCUUCGGUAGUCCUUAAGCAGCAUUAACAGCAAUGAAUUGAUAGACAGAAGCCACACUGCAACCAUUCUGCAGUGUAAAGACCUUGUAUACUUGGCACAUCUUCUGUUCUGAGAUAGUAAAACACAAGUCUUUAAGAUAAUUUCCCCCAACCUGGUGCCCCCCUGCCGGUGUUUUGGACUACAUAUUUCCUCAUAUCUGCCUUCUUGACCACUUUGACCUGCCGAACUGGCAUUGGUGGUGCUACUUUGAGGUUUUCUACAAUCAAGCAGUAAAGAAAUGUUGAUAAAUAAGGUGCCCAUCAGCUCCACCCAACACAGCCGUGCUGGGAGAUGUAUUCCAAAACAUCUGGAGGGCACCAGGUUGGGGAAGAAUGCUCUAACAUCUUCCAUGGGUGUGGCCCUUAUCAUUUUUUUGUCACGUACUUGCAUCUCCAUUUACAUAUGAAAUAUAGAAUGGUGAUGCUAUGGAGUAUGGGCAUAAGAAUUGUCCUGCCCUGAUCCAUGGUUUGGAUAAAUAUUCUGCUUAAAUCAGCCUUCUGUCUAUUUGUUAAUGUGCAGAAAGAUGCUGUAAAAGGGAAAGAAGAUAGUUUCCUGGCGCAAAAGACUUUAAUGGAAAACAAAUGAACAGCUUCUCUUGUUAUUCUGUAUUAAUGUUUAUUUGUUGUAUUACACGUGUUUCAGACUGCCAUACAACAAAUAAAAAUGAUAAAUAAUAACAAUAAAAAGAAAGUUUCCAUCUUCUGUUGUAAGUUCCCAGAAUCCAGUCACCAGAGGUAUUCCGUCUCUGAAAAUCAUAGAAUUAUCAUAGCAAUUGAGAUGCAUAUUCAAACUGAAUAUUAUAAAUGCCUUUUUUAAAUCUGUAAAUGUGAUGAAUGUCCCUUAGGCAUUUCAAGUAGCAUGAAUUUUGAUGAAGAGGAGGACGAGGAGGAUGAAGACAGCUCAAGUUCAUCACAGUUGAAUAGUAAUACGCGACCAGGUUCUGCAACAAGCAAGAAAUCAAAUAAGGUGAGAACUCUGGUGGGCCGAGGCCAGGUCAUGGUUCAAACAUUUGUCAAGAGUCAUCUAGUGCAAUUGCUAGAAACAUUAGUAUUCUUCAGACUAUAGUGAAAAGAUCCCAUACUUCCACUGGGCUGUUGGCUCUAUUGCCCAGCCCGUUUAUGGAAGCAGAUUUAGCGUUGUAUGACAAGUGUGAUGAGCGCAAACGACAUAACAAAUAUUAUUAUGCAACAUUGUGGUGAGUAAACAUUACUUGUGAGACUUGGAGGAUAGGCUGUAAAUUCACCUGUCCCAUAUAGACUGCUCCUGAUCAUAAGCUGUUGUGUGGCAAACAGAUCCUGUCCGAUGCCUGUGUGGCCGGGGGGGGGGGGGGCAUGGCACGACCCUCGGUGACAUCAGGGGAGCGCUUAUAGUUGUAUUACCAUCAACAGGCUCCACCUUCUGGUUGGCUAUUGCUGACUAAUGUCGCACGUUUCCCACUUUCUCCCCUCCCUUAGUAGCAGUGUAGAGUGACUUUCCUAAUUAUGGCUGAAGGCACAGGGCCAGUGAGAAACUGCGUCAGAGCUAUUCUGCCUGGCUGGCUGCCCUCAUCAAACUUCUGAGUGGCAGUGCAAUCCUAACUACACAUAGUCAGGAAGAAGUCCUCCUGAGUACAUUGAAUAUUAACAUUUCAUCAGAGCUUGCUCACAGGUUGAUAGGGUCAGGAUUGCAGCGUACACUGGCGCCUGGCUUUCAUCGACCAUUUGGAAACCCCAGUUUUCCCAAUGUUGUCAGUUCAGCACAUGGUCUUUGAUACACGUGAUCUUUGUGGUCCCUUCCAACUCUACAAUUCUAUGGUUCUGUGGUUCAGUGAGGACAUAUUGCCCCGCAUUCUGGCUUUUGCCCAGUUUAGGCGCAUCCCCUUUUCCAAUGCAGACCCUGCAGGGCCACACUUCUGUAAUAAUCAUAAAUAAAAAAUAAAAUAAAAUAAAUUAUUAUUAAAAUUUAUUAAAUUUAUUAAAUUUAUUAAAUUUAUUAAAUUUAUUAAAUUUAAAUUUAAAUAAAAUAAAAUAAAAUUUAUUAUUAAAAUAAAAAUGUGCUCCCCACCACUGAGACCAUUCCAUUGUAACUAUCCAACCUCCCAAAAUUUCAACACCUCUUGCGAUAGUUUGACCCCUUUCCAUUUUAACAGUACAAAUUCUACAAACACCUUCCAUAUCUCCUCAAAAUCAUUUCUCCUGUAUAUUCCCCAUCUUAGCUUAAUGGCACAUGUUAAUUUAUCAUUAAUAGCUAUAGCCCAUACCUCUUUAUACCAUUCUUCCAUUUUACAUUCUGCUUGGCCCUUCCAUUUCCUAGCUAUAAUAAUUCGUGCAGCUGUCAAUAAAUUUGUGAGCAAAUUUGUGUCUGUCUUUUAAGCACAUGGUCACUUUUCUUCCUCUCCUAGGAGUCGGCCUCCGGGCCUAGCCCUUCAACAAACAACCCCGUCAUAGACGUAGACGACCUGGAGGUGUUUGCUGUGAGACCUGCUCCUCAGGGGGUUACUGUCAAAUGCCGAAUCACAAGGGACAAGAAGGGAAUGGACCGUGGAAUGUACCCUACUUACUACCUCCACCUGGAAAGGGAAGAUGGGAAAAAGGUCAUAAAGCAGAUCUUGCUGGUUGCAUAUAAAACAGCAAAAGAAAACAUGCAGAAACAAGCUUGUACAAGUGGGAAAAUCCCUAUACCCAGAGUUUGCACCAUCCACCCCCAACAUAUGAAUGCAUAAAGUUGAGAGUACAUUAUAACCUGCAAGCAGAGAGAAAAAAUAACAUAACAAUAUGCUUUAAUCUUUCUUGGGAGUAAGUCCUAUUUAACUCAGUGGAGUUUACUUCUGAGUAGACCUGUACAGGAUUGCCCUGUUAAGAGACCAAACUCCUCUGUGUUCUCUGCAUUAUUUAUAAUUAGGAAUACUAUGCAUGAUUAUUGAAUAACCACUUGAAUGUUAACAUUUAAUUUCUGAGCUUAUACAGGUUUUGUUCAUCCCGUUAAAAUGUUUCAUUCAAGUAUUUCCCCAGUGCUGAGUGUCAUAAGGCACACUCUUAAACAUGGAAAUUUAUUGCUUUAUUAACUGUAUACAAACAGAGACGUUUAGAUGCUGUGUCUCAUUAGGACAGUCCUGGUGAGGCAACCCAAUCCUGAGCCAUAUGCAAAUAAUCAAAAGUAAUCAAGGAGUGGAAUGGGGAGCGGCCUCUUAAAACGUGCUCUUCUUGCAUCAGAUAUGGAUGGUAAACAUUUUAGGGCAGCUUUACACAUUUCUAAUUGCCAUGUGGUGGCCAUUGAAUAUCAGUUCCAAGAGUCCAUGCAGCUGACUUGACAUCUGGAAUCAGCUUCCUAUUGUAGAUGGUCAAAUUGUACAGAAGUACAUGAAGUGUAGGGACACGGGUGGCGCUGUGGGUUAAACCACAGAGCCUAGGGCUUGCCGAUCAGAAGGUCGGCGGUUCGAAUCCCCACAACGGGGUGAGCUCCCAUUGCUCAGUCCCUGCUCCUGCCAACCUAGCAGUUCGAAAGCACCUCAAAGUGCAAGUAGAUAAAUACUCCAGCGGGAAGGUAAACGGCAUUUCCGUGCGCUGCUCUGGUUCGCCAGAAGCGGCUUAGUCAUGCUGGCCACAUGACACGGAAGCUGUACGCCGGCUCCCUUGGCCAGUAAAGCGAGAUGAGCGCCGCAACCCCAGAGUCGGUCACGACUGGACCUAAUGGUCAAGGGAUCCCUUUCCCUUUAUCUUAUAUGAAGUGUAAUCCUAUACAUAUUUAUUCAGAAGUAAAUCACACUGAAAUCAAUAGGACUUGGUCCCAGAGAAGGGUCCAUAAGAUGCAGCCGUAGGUCAGCUCAUUAGACCUCAGGGAAGUGCAACCCUGGUUUGGGAUAUUUAACAUGCCAUCCUUCCAGUCCAUGUGGAAAGCCAAUGCCACAUGCUACAAUAGCUCUAUGGAGCUGGGAGUAUGCUGAAAUGAUUUUCAGAAACAUGUCAGAGUAGCUUGCAUUCUCUUUUCUUUCUGAAUGUGUUAGCAACACAUGGUACCUCGGGUUACAAACGCUUCGGGUUACAAUCGCUUCGGGUUACAAACUCUGCUAACCCAGAAGUAGUUACCUCGGGUUGCAAACUUUGCCCCAGGAUGAGAAUGGAAAUUGUGUGGUGCCGGCAGCAGGAGGCCCUAUUAGCAGAAGCGCGACUCGGGUUAAGAAUAGACCUCCGAAAUUAAUUAAGUCCGUAACCCGAGGUACCACUGUACUGGGAAACUUGGGAAAAGGGUAAUGUAAUAUUUACUCCCACAUGGCUUCAGGUAGUUGUCUUUUACUUUAUACUUUGUCCUUAGAAAUCAUUAUGCUUGGAGUCUUCAAGUGAUUAGUAGUUGGACUCUCUACCCUUCUGACCUGAACUGGCAUCUGUUUUCCUUUUACUUGAAGGAAACUGUUCAAGCUCAAAUUAAACAUUUAACAAAGUGUACUAGGUUUAAUUAUUUAAACCAUAAAUAAUGGAUCGAAGGAAGUAGUUUCCUCUGCUGAUUUUUUUUACCCCCCCUUUUUUUGCUAACUUUCCCUUUGGCCUUCUACAUUUUUGCUGAUGAUACUAAACCCCAAGAAAAUUAGAGUCCGUUUUCUUUUUCUGGUGGUUCUAUCAGAUUCUGCCUGGAGUGUGACGUUUUGUUCCACUUUCAAAUUCCUCAGGUAUUUUUGUUAGCUGGAAGAAAACGAAAGAAGAGCAAAACCUCAAAUUACCUCAUCUCCAUUGACCCUACAGACCUGUCACGAGGAGGAGAGAGUUUCAUUGGAAAGCUAAGGUAAAGGUUUAGAUUUUUGAGGCAGGGACAGGGAACCUCUGGUCUUCCAGAUGUUCUUAGACUCCAACUCCAUCAGCUCCAGCCAGCAUAGCCAGUGAUAAAAGAUGACAGGAGUUGGAGUGCAGUCACAUCUGAAGGGCCACAGGCUCACCAUCAUUGAUUUAGGGUAUAUUCUAAGAGAAUCAGAUAAACAUUUUGGGAUUCAGGAUACCAGUGGUAACACUGAAAGCAAACCUUUGAUAUCAGUCCCUGUUUUCAUUGCUACCUACCAUGCGUUCUUUAGCUCUUGAUGGAAAGUCACAAUUGACAGCAAGUCACAAGAGAAUCAAGCUGUUCCUUAUUUUGCAUAACGGAGUCAAAAGAUUUCCAUUUAUUUAUUUAUUUAUUUAUUUAUUUAUUUAUUUACUGUCCAUUCACACACUGCAGUAACUUCAGAAUGCUUGUAGAAUAACUUGGUUUAAUUACCCCCUUAAUUAAUUUUAACUACUAUUUUUAUUUACACAAGCUGGAGUGAUUAAAGGGUGGUAAGGAAACUGGCAUUCUGUCCUCCCAAGAUGAGAGAUAGAAGUGCCACUGUAGCAGAGUCAGGAGAUGGGGAAGAGCCAAAGUAAUACCCUCCCAGGAACAGUGUCUCUGCGCAUCCUUCCCUUGCUGCGACCCAGUCCAUCACUCCCACCAGUGUGCUUGGCUGGCCUCCUCACCCCCUACCUCUUCUCACUGGGCAAGCCACUCCUGGGCAUAGUGAAGGAAAUGGUUGAUUUGAUCCAGGAAGACCUGAGUUCAAACCCCUUUUCAGCUAUGAAGCUUGCUAGCAGCAGACACAUAUCUUGCAGCCCAAUAUACCUCACCGGAUUGUAGUGAGGAUAAACAGGGGAAAGCCAUGUACGCUACCCAGAGUUCUUUGAAGGAGAGGGGAGAUACCGGUAUUAAUGAUAGUGGUGAGUAUUAAUGCUGCAUGAUUUGAUUCAGGAGAGAAGUAUGCUUUUAUGAAGGCUUCAUAAUUGGUUCACAUGGGAUCAUAUCUCUAGCCUUGAUACAUUUCUCUGAGAUUUUGUGAAAUUCAUUUCAGAGUUAUAGUAACAGUAGCUUAAUCUGGCUUGCCUCUUAUUGUAUGCAACCUCCAGAACCUCUGCACUGUCUGGGAUUAUGAUGUCCCAGAUACACUGGAGAGAGAGAGAGAGAGAGAGAGAGAGAGAUUGAUUCUGAGUGCUUAAGGCUCAAAUGAUGAUAAUCAAUCAGUAGCAGGCUAUGAAGGUAAUCCAUUGUUUUUCCUCUCUAAUAGAUCAAAUCUUAUGGGGACUAAGUUUACAGUGUAUGAUAAUGGAGUAAACCCAAUGAAAACAACGUUGAGCUUGGAGGCAAGUAAUCUGCGCCAGGAGCUAGCUGCUAUUUGCUACGUAAGUACCAUUCAUAAGCAAAUGUUUUUCAGUAAGGUAAUUAAUAGCAUGCAAAGCUGUACCAACCAUUCAACACAUUUGUGACCCACACCCAUACCUAAAUCAGGGACACCCAUCGGCGGAAGCCAGAGAGCAGUGAUGCCUUUUGCCUGGUUGGUGCUGCGCUCAGACUGUCUUCCCAGCGCAUCCUCCUCACCGCUAUCACACUUGCUGAAAAAUAAGAGGAUGUCCAAUGAUUCCUCUGCCGUCUUGUGUAGUUCUUUUAACUGAAGGGGCCAGAUGCUCCCCCAUCCAGUUCAAAUGAGGAACAGUGGCAUCAUGUCCAAGGGAGGGGCAGUGACCAAGUGCCUCUAGGAAACUAUGAUUACCUUUAGGAGCAGAUUUUUCAGUGAGAAAUGGGCACUGGCCUUGAUGCUCUUAAAUUAAGUCUAUGUACAUAAAUUGUGCAAGAGUGGGGUUCAUUUCUCUAGGUUUAUUAUUGGACACCUGGGCCUCUUAUGCAAAAACAGAUUACAGUGUAUAAUCAGAGGUGGUGAAAACCAGAGUAAAUGGGACUGGUGGCUGUGUCCGUUGAUUCAUUCUGGCCAUAAGACUGAGAAUAUCUGCAUCCAUUUGCUAAUGAUGGUGAAUGUUGUUUGCAUGAGUCAUCCAACCCCAGCACAGAUGUACUCGGGAUUUCUUUACCCUCAAAUGACCCAUUUCUGCUCAAGUCCUAGACUUCCCUGGAGCAAAUGCGACUUGCUGAAAUGAGCAUCUGAUAUACAAGAUGCAAAAUGCUCUUAGCUCACGAUGAUCACAUGCUCCUUUGCUGUGCCUGGGUCAAGCAAACUCCUGGUUCCGCUGUGGGUCUGAGUCAUCCAGCCUGCUUUGAGUUGCACAAGCAAAGCCAAAGGUUGGCAGUAGAUUCACAACCAAUUGCCAGAUAUUACAGGACUGAAGAGAAACCCUAGUCAGCGUUCAAUUUAUAAAAUGAGAGGUGCUUGGCCUGCCUCCGAAUCAUUUCCAGUGCAUUGGAAACCGUCAUCCUUAAUUCUAAAUGAAUAGGACCUGGGUGAAAGAAAGACUCUCUGCAAAUGAUCAAAGUUCUUUCAUAAGUUAUUAGGUUCAGACCUGAUAUUUAAAAUGGACUUUCAAGGCAAAGGCUUGCAUCAGAUUAAGCCCUAUGCAGGCAAACCAUACCCCCCCAUUUACAUGGGGGUUACGUUCCAAGGGUGGGGGACGCGGGUGGCGCUGUGGGUAAAACCUCAGUGCCUAGGACUUGCCGAUUGUAUGGUCGGCGGUUCGAAUCCCCGCAGCGGGGUGAGCUCCUGUCUUUCGAUCCCAGCUCCUGUCCACCUAGCAGUUCGAAAGCACCCCUAAGUGCAAGUAGAUAAAUAGGUACCGCUUUAUAGCGGGAAGGUAAACGGUGUUUCCGUGUGCUGCGCUGGUGCUGGCUCGCCAGAGCAGCUUCGUCACGCUGGCCACAUGACCCGGAAGUGUCUCCGGACAGCGCUGGCCCCCGGCCUCUUAAGUGAGAUGGGCGCACAACCCUAGAGUCGGACACGACUGGCCCGCACGGGCAGGGGUACCUUUACCUUUACGUUCCAAGGCACUGCACAUUUAAGUGAAAUCAUGUAUAUUUGAAACACCAUUGAAAAAGCCUGCAAGCACCCUGUUCUGCUCCUUUUUGUGACAUUUUUGGGUCACUUCCAGGUUCUGUGCGAUGUUCUUGUGCAUGGUUGCACAUAUAUUGAAAGUGCUUAAAUGGGGGGUUGCUGUACCUUGUGCAAGCUUCAAGUCUGAGAAACUCAGGAACCACUCAUCAGAAAAGUUUGUUUGUUUAAUAUAUUGUAUUUACACAUUCAGAUGUCUUUUAAGAUCAUACACUGCAUGGUCAUUUUGUAUAUUAUAGCCACAUUUGGGAGCACGCUUGGCUACAUAUCUGUGGAAGAAUGUGUGCAUGGUUUUGCAGUCCACCUCACAGGAUUAUGCACAAAAAAGUUGCAUGAGUGGAUAAUCAAUUCCGACAAAAAAUUUUCCCAUGCCUGUGUGCAUAGGAGAUGUUCCCAAAACACAUUCUAUGCAAAUUGCUGAAUCGGAUCAGAAGUGGCCCCAAAAUGCAUAUUCACUUAAGUCCUAGGUGUGUACAUUUCCAAUAGCAUUUUCAAACACUCGUGACUUUAGAGAAAACCCAGGAUCCUGAAUAGCUUUUAAAACAAGGCAGUUCUACAGAAAUGGCACUGCUGCUGAUUAAUAAAUCUACAGCUGCACCUAAUGGUCACAGUUAGAACUGCAGCAGAAGAGAGAUUCCAGCCAAGUCCUUGGAAAUAUAACAAUUAGUGAGAAAUGGUCCGUUGCUAACCUCUUGACCACGUACGUGCAAUUUAGUUUGCAUAAAACUGUGACAUGGACCUCACUUAUCAAGUUGGGCUGCAGUACUCCAACCGUUUUUGUACUACUACCGUUGAAAUAAGUGUGUGCAACUGAGUACGCAGUUUUUGCAGUUGUGCACUUAACAUUACUCAACUGUGAUAAUGGGUUAGCAUUCACCUGCUUGUGUGUGCUGGGUGCCAGUAGAGCACCAGUUGCCAGCAGAUGAAUGAGAAGUGACAAAAUUAUGCAAGAGGAGAUACCUCUCAAUUGCCUCCCAUCCACGGUGAAUUAGGAGGGGCAUGUGGUCACAUUAGGAGAAGCCGAUGCCUAUGGACUUAGUCAGACUAUGCAGUCCUGUUUAAAUCUUACAUGUGCCAUGAGCUUGGUUGGUAGUAGGACAAGUGGCUACAUAUAGCCUCUGAGAUCAUCUACUGAUUUUGCCUGCGACAUGAUGGUAGAAAAGAAGGAAACCCAAGCUGUACAUAAUGGCCAAAGGAAGAAUUUCUCUUCCUACUCCUGCUGCAGUCUCCUCUGUCUCACUGGGUGCAAGUUCAUCCCUUUGGUCCUCCUUCAUGUCCAGGCCCAAGAAACAAAAGUAGUUGGGAGCUGCAAAGGAGCAAUCAGGAGGCACCAGGAAGUCUUUCACUCUGGCCAGAAGCAUGGGAGCUACGUCACACUCUCUUCACCCACCCCAUUCAUUCUCACUGUCUCACCACUCUGAGAUCACUGUAGCUUAAGGUGAUUUACUGCAAGGGCCUUUGUAAGGGUUACUAAGAUAUGUAUGCCAAGCACUUUCAACACACGGAAGUACUAUAUAAAAGUAUUUAUUUAUUUAUCAUUACCUGCUCUUCACCCUAAGCUCCCUGGGUGGGUUGCAACAUUAAAACACAAUAUCAAAAACAGUUUAGAACAACUUGCAAUCACAAAAAUAAGGUGGGUCCUGAAAAUAUACAGUAACUGUCAAAAACUGUCACUUGUUGCAUUCUUGUUAAUGAUACUUGUUGUUGGGUAGCGCAGAGCUGUAGCCGGUGCUGAAGUGUCUGCACAUUUUAAAACUUUAUGCAAAGUAUGUUUUAUGAAGCGCCUACAUUUUCCCUUUCCCCGUGAACUUACAAGGUAAAAUUGAAUAUUUUGGGACGCUGUUGGCCAACAGUGGGGUGGCUUUGUAGCAACACCUUUGUAGGCUAAUUACUGUUUUAUCACCAGUGAUAUUUGUUUGGAAAGACUGACUUCCAAAGGAAAGAUGUGUGGUAUUCAAAACGCUUUUCCUAUUCAUUUCAAAACAGGAAACAAAUGUUUUGGGGUUUAAAGGUCCUCGUAAGAUGAGUGUCAUCAUACCAGGGAUGAAUAUGGACCAUGAGAGAGUUUCCAUCAGGCCACGCAAUGUAAGUCACUCUUCUCAGUAAAACUAGCUCACCUGCAAUGACUGUGGGCGCAUUUGUUUAAGCUAAGGGUUUGCCAGCCUCUUCAUAAUGAGUCUCAAGUGUGUGUGGGAGGGUGUAUACUAAGACAAGUUGUUGUUGUUGUUGAUGAUACAUUUAAAUAUCUAAAAUAAAAGUAAAUGUCACAGGCUGUGGAGGAGCGAUACUGGAGAUACAAAAAACCUAGCUGCCAUAAAGCAGUGAUAGAACAGAUGCUUUUCAUGCCAAAGGUUCCACAUUCAAUCACUGGCAUUUCCAGAUUAGGAGAGAACACUGAACAGAGAGAAUACUGAGCUCAAAGUUCUGUCUUAGUACUGUGUGCUAGGUUCCUAAUCUGAGUUUCACAGAUUACUGCAGGUGAGAUUUACCCAAGGUGCUGGUCAAUAAUAUUCUCAUGGCUGCAGCUGCCUAUGCCAAUUUCUUCUUCUAAGUUCCAUGUGCAGAAGCAGACGUGUUUAGCUCAUCUCCAGAGACAACUACAUUCAACUAACUUCUACUCAUAGUAGACUCACUGAAAUUAAGAAGCAUGACUAAUCCAGGUCCAUUAAUUUCAGUGAGUCUACAGUUGAGUGGAAGCUAGCUGACAACAACACUCGGUGCAAGGAAUUCAAGGAACUUAAGUGUUGUCAUGCAAUUUUAACCCCGUGAGCAUUGCAAAAAGCUGUUUUCACGGUGGUAUGGUAAAAUUCAGUGCACAGAGCUCUGUGCUCGCUGUCAGGGUUGCCGCUCUUCUGCGCAUGGUACCAGUGGCUUCUCACAUCUGCAUACAUAAAAGCUGUCAUGCUUGCUGAAGUUGUGAGAAUGGGUCAUUAACAAGGAGCCUCUGAAUGAUAGGUGGCUUUUCUUUUUUAGCAAAUACAGUCUGCACAAGAUACUAGUGGCUACAGCUCUGCAUACAGAGAAGCUGUCACGUUAGCUUAAAUCAUGUAUCUCAGGAGUUUCCCUGAUUCAUAUUUAAUAUAUGAAAUCUUUAAAUAAAAAAGCCACUUGUCUCUCUGUCAUGGUCUUCAAUCUCAUCACCAAUAAAGGAGACACUUGGAGAAUAGUUUUGGCAUCUGACCUUGAAGUGUGGGCAGACAGAUAUGGGCGAUAUGGGGGCUGCACGUAAAGACUGCUUUUUGAGAGAGUGAUGGCAUGGGGGUGGGCACAUUCUGAUGUUGCAUAAACCAAAAGUAAAAAGUAGGCUUUUGCUAAAAUGAUGUCUUUUUCCUUGGCUUUCAUAGGAGCACGAAACUCUCCUUGCAAGGUGGCAGAAUAAAAACACAGAAAGUGUCAUUGAGCUGCACAACAAAACUCCAGUCUGGAACGAUGACACCCAGUCUUACGUUUUAAAUUUCCACGGUCGCGUGACACAGGCCUCAGUGAAAAAUUUUCAGAUUAUUCACGAUAAUGAUCGUAAGUACAGCUGCUAUAGCAAAACUGCCUGGAAACGCUGCUUAUUUGUCUGAAAUCUGAUAAACAGAGGGAGGGAGAGAGAGAGAGAUUCUGUUUUUGUUACACUUUGCUCAGUGUCCAGUCCCCCAACCGUUCUGUGGGUGCAAAGGCUUGACACAGAAGAUGAGGAAGUAGGGCAGCCUGGUCUAACCUGGUGCUUUUUAUUCCUAUUGUAAAACCUAAUAAAUUGCUUUAAAAAAAAAAAAAUAACCUGGUGCUUUCUAGAUGUCUUGGGGUACCGCUCGUACCAUCCUUCACCAUUGGCCACGCUGGCAGGGGUUGACAGGAGGUAUAGUCCUAAACAUCUCAAGGCUACCAGACUGGAGAUGGCUGAACUAUUGUUAACUAGUUCACAGAAUUAACCAACAUCAAGCAAUUUGACUUCACCAUGGAACUCAGUCUGAGCAUGUACUAGUUUUUGAGAAAGUUGGAAGGUUUUAUGUUGGGGGGGGUAUAGCUUUUGGUGGUGUACACAUUCAUUUACUAUUGUCACUGUUGCCUCCAGUUAAAUAGGUUUUGCAGGCUGCUUUUUUUAAAUAUGGCCACCGAAAGUGAUGAAACCUGAAACAGAGGAAUGAGCAUGCGCACCAUGGGGAUCAAGGCCUUUGCUACACUGUGAUGUGCCCCACAGUUUAUGGGGAGAGGAGACUUACACCCCUUAACAUUUGCCUGGCUGGCAAGGAUUAACAGUGAAGGCAGAUAGUGCCCCAGCAAAGAGUGUUGGGAAAGGCUACUGUUGAGUGAGUUCAGUCAGGGUAGCAGGCUGGGGAGCUGAGGUGGGGGCAGGGGAGAAGGAUGCUUUGCCCCGUCUCUUCCUGAUUGCUGCAGCUGCCUUCCGCUUCUCUAUUCAUCUCAUCUGCAUCUCUGUAUCCUUUUUCUGUUUCCUGGCUCUGCCCUUUAUGAGGACAUCCUUGGUAUGAGAGGAAGCGCCAGGCAAUUCACAGCUGGCCAGCAUCUCAAUCAUGCCCCUUUCAACUCUCUAAAGGAAACUGUCUCCCAGGCUGAAUUCAUUGAAUCUGGGUGGUGAAAAUGAUUUUUCAUCUUCCCCUGCUUUAUAUUUUGGACUACAAGUUAGUGUGAGACACACACACACACAUACACACUCAAUACACAGAACCUUAUAUUGAUGUCCUUGUACUGUGUUUCUUUACUCCCCACCCCCACCCUCUUUCAGCUGACUAUAUUGUGAUGCAGUUUGGCCGUGUGGCAGAAGAUAUUUUCACUAUGGACUACAACUACCCAAUGUGUGCACUUCAAGCCUUUGCUAUUGCCCUGUCCAGUUUUGACAGCAAGCUGGCUUGUGAGUGA